GUGGACUUGGCUUUAGAAAUGUUAAAUGCAAUAUAACUAAAUUAAAAAUUGAAGAGAAUGCCAUAUUACACCAAUUGAUUUUUAUUCUUAAAAUAACGAUACUAAAAGUCCACAUUAAACAUCCUUAUUUUGCAAAGGCAUUGUAAACAUUUUCAUAGAUGUUUGUACUUUUUUAAUAUGAGAAUAUUAAAAUAAAUAGUGAAGAAUAUCUAUAAUUUUGACAUUUAAAUUCUGAUAAGGAAUGCACAUCAGAAAGGGAGUAGACACCAAUAGUAUUAUUAUAUAACAUUUAAAAUUCUAUUAUUUGAUAUUUCAAUGGGAUUUCUGAUCAGGUUGAAUUAAAUUCAAUCUAUAUUUUUGAUUAAUAACAAAAUUGUCAUUAUAAUGGAAUGCAGAAUAAAAAUUUCAUUAUUAAUUUAUUUAAUGAGUAACCCAACUCCAGCUGAGAUCUACAUUAACUAGAUAAACGAUUAUUAUUAGAGUGUGAGUACUGAUGAUGAGGAUGAACAGUUCCAAAUAGAGUAAGGAAAAUUUUAGAUUUUUAGCGUUUAGCCAAAGAGGAAAUUUUUUGAGACAAUUGAAGAAAAACGAUAAUAUAUUGAAGAAUAUACUAAGAAGAAGAAGACAGAAUUGUGCAAGAACUUUGAAUUGACCGGAUUUUGUAAAUUUGGAGAUGAGGUAUUUUAUAAGGUUAUUUCUUAGUGUUCAUUUGCUCAUGGUUAAUUAGAGUUAUAAGCUAAAACACAUUUACAUUAGAAGUAUAAAACAAAACCAUGCAAUCGCUAUUUUAAUUAAGGAUUUUGUCCUUAUGGUAUAAGAUGCUAAUAUUUGCAUGAUGAACUAAAGGACUAAUAAAAAUUUGAGAAAUUCUUAUAAGAAUCCUAUUAACAAUUCGGGAUGAAGCCAAUAAUAGCAAGAAGUAAGUUAUUGCAUCCUAAAAUAGAAUAUCUCAAUAAUUCUAAGAGAUUAGACAUUUAAAGGUUCCAAUAGGUCCUACAAAAAUUCACAAAAAAUGGAUUCAAUGUUGGAUUGCAUACCAGAUCGAAAUUCUUUGUUUAAUUAUAAGAAAACAACCAAAUUUGA